CGCGCUCCUUCCCCGCACCCCUCCGGCUGGCUCCCCCUCCAGCGGGCGGAACUCCGCGGCGCCCGGCUCCCCGGAGCCGUGAUUGGCGCGGCGGCGGGCGGAGCCGGGAGCGCCGCUGUCAGACUCCGGCGGGCAGCGAGGGAGACGCGAGCGGCAGCUGCUCCGGGAGCCCCAGCCGCGCAGAGCCCGGGAGCGGGAGCCGAGGCAGCGCCAUGAGCCAGAAAUGCGACGUGAUCGUGGUUGGGGGCGGCAUCUCAGGUAUGUCAGCAGCCAAGCUGCUGGCUGAAUCUGGGGUUAGUGUUUUGGUUCUAGAGGCCCGUAACAGAGUUGGAGGACGGACUUUCACGGUUAGGAACAAGCAAGUUAACUAUGUAGACGUUGGUGGAGCGUAUAUAGGACCUACACAAAACCGGAUCCUCCGAUUGGCCAAGGAACUGGGUAUAGAGACGUAUAAAGUCAAUGUAGCAGAGCGUCUUAUCCAUUAUGUGAAGGGGAAGUCCUACCCAUUCCGGGGUGCAUUCCCUCCAGUAUGGAAUCCCAUAAUUUACCUGGAUUAUAACAAUCUGUGGAGGACAAUGAAUGAAAUGGGGAAAGAGAUCCCUGCUGAUGCACCCUGGACGGCCCCACAUGCUGCAGAAUGGGACAAAAUGACAAUGAAAGAGCUGGCUGACAAAAUUUGCUGGACCAAAACUGCCAGAGAGUUUGCUACUCUCUUUGUGAACAUCAAUGUUACCUCUGAGCCACAUGAGGUCUCUGCUCUCUGGUUCCUGUGGUACUUGAAGCUGUGUGGGGGGACAACUAGGAUAUUUUCCGUAACCAAUGGGGGGCAGGAGCGGAAGUUUGUUGGGGGUUCCGGUCAGAUUACAGAAAGGAUAAAGGACAUCCUCGAAGGCAGAGUUAAACUGGAGAGUCCUGUAGUUCGCAUUGAUCAGUCAGGUGAUAAUGUCAUCGUGGAGACUCUAAACCAUGAGAUAUAUGAGGGCAGUUAUGUGAUUAGUGCCAUCCCCCCAGGCCUGACUACAAAGAUCCAUUUCAACCCAGAACUACCAUCAGAGAGAAACCAGUUAAUUCAUCGUCUUCCUAUGGGUUCUGUCAUUAAAUGUAUGAUGUACUAUAAAGAGGCCUUCUGGAAGAAGAUGGAUUACUGUGCCUGCAUGCUUAUUGAGGACGAAGAAGCUCCAAUUUCAAUAACCUUAGAUGAUUCCAAACCUGGUGGAUCUGUGCCUGCCAUUAUAGGUUUUAUCCUUACAAGAAAGGCCUAUAGACUUGCAAAGGUCAGCAAAGAAGAGAGGAAGAGAAAAAUCUGUGAACUGUAUGCCAAAGUGAUGGGCUCAGAAGAGGCUUUACAUCCAGUGCAUUAUGAAGAAAAGAACUGGAGUGAAGAACAGUAUUCAGGGGGAUGUUAUACAGCCUACUUCCCACCAGGCAUCAUGUCUCAAUAUGGAAGGACCAUUCGCCAGCCCCUCGGCAGGAUCUACUUUGCUGGCACGGAGACCGCUACUCAAUGGAGCGGGUACAUGGAGGGGGCUGUGCAGGCGGGAGAGAGAGCAGCAAGAGAGAUAUUGUUCAAGAUGGGAAAGAUCUCAAAGGAUGAAAUCUGGAUGCCUGAACCAGAGUCCGAGGAUGUCCCAGCCCAGCCAAUCACUACUACCUUUUGGGAGAGAAACUUGCCAUCUGUACCAGGACUGCUGAAGCUCGUUGGAUUUUCCACUUUCUUCUCUUCAGUGGCUGCCGUCUGGCUGUUUGCCUACAAAAAGGGGCUGCUAGCUCAAAACUAAAGAGUGUCCAUGGGAAAUUGCACACUUGCUGCUUUCCCCUUCCCAGUCCAAGGGUUAUCUUUGGAGAGGAGUCACAUGGAAGGCUGGAAAGGGCAAGAGACCUUUUAGAUGUUCUUUUGAACACCUGCAUUAACACACCAAAACCAUUCAAACCAGGGUCAGUUCAACAACAAAAAGAUCAAUUGUGGUGAAAGAAGUGGCAUUUCUAGUUUCCUUCUACAUUAAUUUGUCUUGAUUGACAGCAUAAAAUCAAUUGCAUAUAUUUCCUAACAUCUGGAGGGGACAAUCCAGAGCAGAAACUUUGCAAAGGGCAAGAUGCCUUUGGAUAAUAUAUUUUCUUCCAUUUGAUGGGUUUUUUUUUAAGUGAAAUUAAUAUGUAUCUUUGUUUUAAAUCCAUCUCUGUGCAGAGGCUGAGUAGGUUAGAGGGCUUUUCUGUAAAAUCCCUGCUGUGCAUAAGACUGACCAGCAAAUCUGAUUUACAAUAGCAAAAAAUUAAAAACCAUAUUUGAUUAUUAGCUAGAGAUACAGAACUUAGCCAUGAGCUGAAUGAAUAAAGAUAAUUAGCAUCCCGGCCCCACUAGUUCAAUAUAGCCAGAAAAAAGGAAUGCAGGUGAACUUUUUGACUGUAUGUUAUUGAACAAAUGGCCACACUUGUCUAACAGUGGAAAUCUGUAUCUCAGUUGUCCAUUUGCAAUGGAUAAUGUGGACACAUUAUGGAUCUGUCACCUUCUGUCCCGUACACAUGUAAUGCUGCUUGGCCUACUAUUAAAAUUGACAGACGUGAAUUAGCGAAGUUAUAGACCAACUGACCUAGGAUGCUAAAGACAUUAUUUCCAGAAUGUUGGCAGUUUCCUGUCUCCCUAUUAAUUUUCUGUUUCCCUUCACAUAUAAUCUGUACUGCCUUCUUACUUUCAGGGGAAAUACAUGUGGGGCUGGAAUUACUGCCUUGUAAAUGCCAUUAAUUGGAUGCUUCUGCCUGUCCCUCUGUUGUACAGGAGGCAUUUAUUGCUACAUUCCAAGAAUGCUUCUUGCACUUGGAACUUUAGAGUGUUUGUUUGCCAAAUAAACACUUUUCAGCGUGUUCAUUUAGAGUACAAACAGAAUGAUUUAAUAGUGCUUAAAGCCUGAUCCUGACAUCACGGAAGCCAUUGAUAUCCAGGGGAGCAGAUGCAGGCCCUGAAUGAACAUGAAUCUGCACCUCUCGGCAAAACUGAAUCAAGGCUCUCUUCUAGCCUGGGAUGCAUAAAACCACUCAGCUGCUUUCUGCAGUUCUCUCAUGCUAAAUGAUGAGCUCAGAGAAGCCGGAGUGCGUCCACUGAUUAAAUUAAUUCUGUGUUUACAACUUGUUUUCUGCAGGUGCUGGGCUAUAGUUGGUGUGGUGUAUUCUCCAAAAGUAUUAACCAAAUAAUCACUGUUAUUAACUGAAAUGGAAUAUAUGCAUUUCAAAAUGUGCCAUUGUUAUGAACUGCUUUUAAGAAUAUGGAUAUUGCAUGUAUAUCCAGGAAUUCCAUUGUAAUUCAACAGUAGUGAAAUGUGCCUUUCAAUAUUCCUCAAAUCUUGAUAAAAGGAUCCAUUUUGUAAAGCUUU